CCUUCAACCGUCUUCAUCCGCCGACGUCAGUUUUCUAAUAUGACGUGGGCUCAUCCAGAAGGAUGGCUCUCACAAGCCCUCCACCCGUCAUUGACGGUCAUUGUCAUCACAAUCGCCAUUGCACUCGCUGUGCCGCUCUUCCUGCACUUUGUCUUGUUCAGGUCCAGUUCCUCGAGGACACUUCCUUCAUUUUUGAUCGUGGGACCUAGUGGUGCUGGAAAGACCUCUCUUUUGACGCUGUUCGAACGAGGCAGUCCCGCGACAACGCACACCUCCCAAACCCCGCUGACUGUCGAGGCUGCCCUCCCCGUCACCACGACCGCUGCGUCCAACCGGUAUCGAUCUUCCCAUGAUCCGUCAUCAAAAGAGCACAAGAUCUUCCUCCUCGUUGACACGCCUGGACACGGCAAGCUCCGACACCAUGCGUUCGAGAAUAUUACAUCGCCGCAGCACCUCAAGGGAAUUGUGUUCCUGGUUGACGCUGCAAAUUUGUCAACCGGCGCUGGUGGGCCGACAGAUGCCGGUCUGAGAGAAGCAGCAGAAUACCUUCAUGACAUUCUCCUCAUGUUGCAGAAGCGCGCAAUGGGAACGAAGAAGGUUCCGGAGAUGCCUCUCCUCAUCGCUGCCAAUAAGCAGGACUUGUUUACCGCGCUGCCGGCACCGUUGGUCAAAGCGGCGCUAGAAGCGGAAAUUACAAAGGUCCGUGAGUCGAGGUCCAAGGGCCUGCUUGACUCGGGCAUCGGCAUGGGCGAUUCAGAUAUGGCCGAGGAGAAGGAGUGGCUUGGAGAGGGCGGCGAAGGCAAAUUUGAGUUUGCUCAGAUGGAGGACGUCGGUGUGUCGGUGACCAUUGCCGGAGGUAGUGUCCUCGGCGGCGAAGGCCCAGAGGUGGGGAAAUGGUGGGACUGGAUCGCCGAGAGCUUAUAAUGACGGAAAGUUUUCCUUGCCAUAUUUUCCAUAUAUCCAUAGCUUCAUUCAAUAAAAUACCAUUUAUCAUUCUCGGCACCGAG